UUCAUAGACACAGGAACCGAAGGCCUUCCGCUUAAAAACAAAUACAGAAUUUCUGCGUGGAAUGCCGUAUUCCUUGGGCUAAAUCUUGAACUAAAACGUUGGUCACUCCUUUAACUGAAAGACAGACUAACAGAAGUUUAUUAACGGUAUUUUCUUGUUUCGACGACGCAAAGUUAACCUACGGUAGCUAGAAUUGAAAAUGGUUCCAAUGUUCGGAGGUACGAACCUUAUGCAACGUCCUCCUGAAAGGCCACGGACAACUGGUCAAGCCAAUAACGAGCCAAGACAACUGGACUUCACUGCGGCUAUGAACGACUUUAAACACAUGUUUCCUAACGUGGAUCGGGAAGUUAUAGAAGCAGUUUUGCGCGCUAACAACGGCUUGGUAGAUGCCACCAUUGAUCAACUGUUAUCGAUGGGACUUGACAUGGAAGGAACAUCUUCAACGCAGUCUGAUCUUCCCCCUUUACCUUCUUACAGUGAUGUGGAUCGUUCAGAACCGCCUCCAGCUUACACACCUCGAGAUCAAGAAAUUUCGCGGAGUUCUGGGAGUCCAUCUCGGCCGCUUCCUGCUAGACCUUACUCGGCAUGGAACCCACCAUUACUGGGCAAAUUGCCGGAUGAUUUUUUACGUCUCGGUCCUCCUUCAACGAGUUCUACCGGCGUUUUUGGCGACAGUAUGGGCGACCAAGAGCUAGAAAGAUUUCUGGAAGAUGAAAAAUUGGCCAUGGUCUUGCAGAAUGAAGAAUUUAUGAGAGAGCUGAGGCAUAAUAGAGAUUUUAUGUUGUCAUUGGAAAAAGACGGGCAAAGAAAUACAGUUCCAUCUCGGAACAUGACACCAGUAGAAGCCCCUUCCAGAAAUGUUCCAGUCGCAGCUGGAGGAAGCAACAGUAGUAGGCAUGCACCUCAACCUCAGACUCCAACACAAGUGUUGCCUGGGAGCUCAGAGACUGCUGGAGCAGUUGGUGGACACUCAGCACCAGCUGCAGAUUCAGCCUCCCCACAUGAUGAUGCUGUCUUGAGGGAGAAGUUAAAGCACAUGGGAAAGAGUACAAGAAAGAAGUUUGACAAGCUGGCGCGAAUGUUUCACAGAAAGAAUGUCAACCGAACAAAUCUCAUUGCUACUGGUACUGCUGCAUCCACUGCCAACCUUCUGGAAGGUUACAAUGAUGAUGACGAUGAUGAUGAAAUGCUGAAUGCCAUGGGAUCUGCUAGGCUGGAAAUUAUGGACGAGAGAGAUGAAGACAGUGAAAUAGAAAAAUCACCUAAAAAGACUGCCUCUCAGCAGAAGCCACCAGAGGCAGAACAGAGGAAGGCAGCUGGAAGUAUCGAGCCAAUAGUCUUCUUCUCUGACGAUAACGAAUUUCAAUUUAAACAAGAAAACUAGAAAUAUAUAUGUAUGUAGUGAGAAAAAUGAUUUUAACUGUCAUUCAGGUUUGUUACAGGGGGUAGAAAUUACUACUUUUGGUGUUAACAGUGCACACCCCAGCCUAAAUAAUGAAAGAGUACAAGCCUGAAGUACUGUGAUAAUCAGUAACUGAGACUUUAAUUUAAUGUAAGUGUCACGGCUGACUCAGAAUCUGAGUACCACGCCUGGCUGAAGGAGAGUGCAUGCGCACUUAUAGGAGGGAAGGGGGUGGAUGAGACUGAGGUGAAAAUCCGAUGAAAUGUAACAUCGGGAUGAUUGAUCUUGAGGUUAACAUUAGUUGGGUUGAAAAGGGAACACAGGUACAGCUCCAUCAUGAACGAGAAUGAAAGGUUUGUGUGUUGAAAAAAAAGCAUUUUCAUUAGCGUUGCAUCUACCCCUCAACACAGUUUCAGAAAGUUUAUGAAAGGCUGUGGAACAAUAUUUCGAAUAAUUAUCCUACAAAACAACAAUCAUUAGGACUGGUUCAUUUGAUCAGAUUUGCCAAAGCUGACAGAGCACGAGAGCAUUUGAAUUUUUCUAAUGAACUAACAAACUUACAGUCAUACUAGCAAUAUGUAACAAUUAUUCACCACUUUCACAGACGCUAAGGUGAAUAAUUGUUUUAUUAUAUACCACACAGAUACCAAAAACUCGGUUUAUUUCUUUCAUGAUACCGAAAAAUCGUCAGAAAUUAAACUCUUGACGGGCGACUCGGUCUCAUCACCUGUUGGGAGGUGAGUAGUACUUGCUAUUCACUUCCGAACUAGCCAAUCAGCGCGCGCGAAAAGCACUAUUCACUUGUGUGGUAUAUACUAAAAUAAACUCUCUUUUUAUUUUGAUAUAUAUAUCGUACAAUGACGUGGAAGAUGUAUACUUGGAAAAGUGCGAAUGACAAGCUCUUCGUCAAUCACUCAGAUGAUGAAUUCGUUAAGUUUGUCGAAAUGUCAGUCAUUACAAAAAAAAAAAGCGCUGUAAACAACAACAGCCCAUUCUCAGAACAACUCUCACCCAGACUGCA